AUGGAAUCCAAUUCAAUUAAUUGUACGACCGACAUCAGCUCGAGCCACAAUUGGACCUGCUUCGUUGUGCACUAUGAUACCGAGCCGGGUUUCCCCAAUUCGAUGGGGCCGUUGUCCGCCGUCAAUCUCAGCGCUUUCCAGCCGGGCGAACUGGAGCUCGAAGCGAACCGAAAGGACUUCACGAUGCAGGCCUUCGAUCCGGCCUACCAGCUGCGGUACGGGAUGCUGGGAACAAUUCUACUGAGCGUUGCCUACUCGCUGAUAUUCAUCGUCGGUCUGCUGGGGAACAUCUCGGUCGUGAUUGUGGUGAAGAAAAGCACCAUGAUGCGCUCCCCGACGAACCGCUUCAUCGUGAAUCUGGCGUACGCUGAUUUAUUAGUCAAUUUCAUCUGUCUCCCUUUCACCCUGAUAGGCAACCUAUAUCCGGCCUGGAUCUUGGGAGUGUUUUUCUGCAAAACCGUUUCCUAUCUGCAGGGCGUCUCGGUGUCCGCUUCGGUCAACACGCUGAUGGCCAUCUCGAUCGAGCGCUGCGUAGCCAUUUCGUUCCCUAUCUCGGGAACCAUUACCACCAGGCAGUACCGAGUGAUCGUUUCAAUUAUCUGGACAUUCGCACUGGGCAUUAAUCUUCCGUGGCUGUUUGUGUUCACGCUGAAGCCGAUCGGCAUACCCGGCAGUUUGGCACAGAUUUGCACCGAACUGUGGCCUUCGCCCGCCUCGGAGAGUUGGUACUUUCUGUUCGCGAACCUCAUACUGUGCUAUCUCGGUCCCCUGCUAGUGAUAUCAAUAUGCUACGUUAUCAUUUGGAAGAACGUUGCCUACCGGAAGCUCCCGCGGGAUCUGAUAAUCAGCCGAAAAAACGAGGUCUUUAACCAAAGCAAAGUAAAGGUUAUUAAAAUGAUAUUCGUGGUUAUCAUAACAUUCACGCUGUCAUGGCUACCGCUGUACACAAUAUUCUGCUUCGUGAAAUUUGCAGGGGACCUCAUUUACGACGAUUCAGACAAUCAAUUCACAGUACAAACCUUCAUCUUCGGCAUCCUGCCGGUAGCGCAGUGGCUCGGUGCAGCGAACUCAUGCAUCAAUCCGGUUCUGUACGCGUUUAUGAAUCGCAAAUUUCGGGCCGGUUUUCGACACCUGUUCCGGUCCUGCUGCUCCAGCGAAGACGUCGAGUGGGACCUACCGACCACCGUCAUUCGGCACGACGAAUCGCGGGAUCACAUUUUGCGCCGGAUACGGUCGGAAAAGCACUUCCCGCGCCACGGCAACAGUAACGGUUUCGGACCGAACGGUCACCGGCAGCCGCUUCGGCACACGCAAUCCACCCGGAUUAUUCAGUCGCGCCGUGGAGUCUAG